GUCAAAGUAUGCUUCGUGCAGCUAGUACCCUGGCCAAUAGGGCUGAGAAGCGUAAGAGCUGGCCGUCGGAGACGCCGGACGCCGUACGCGCCAGAAACAAGAAGAGGAGGGAUGCUGUGUCGGAGGGCAGGGCAGAUAAGCCCUACAACAUGACCAUCCUUGGCUCGGCGGAGGAGAUAGCGGACUUCCGCUUCAAGCUGAAGGACGUCUGUGGCAAGAUGGGCGAGGAGGGUGGAAAGAAGGUGUCCUUCCGGGAGGGCAUUUUCACGGCACUGUCCUUCUGGCUGGAGGCCCGGGAGAACGCCGACGCUGCUCGCCUGCUUGCGGACUGUGGAGAACUGGGUCCAGCCGGCUCUCCCUGGAAGCAGAGGAACGGGUACUCCGCGGCCAGCCCGAACACCAUGGACGAGCCCAUCUUCUUCACUACCCCGACCGCCAUUUCCUGCCUCGCGUCCAGAGUGCACGACCACGCCAUCAAGUGCCCGGGGGCACUGGCCAUGAAAGACCCCCCCAUGAUGCUUGGCCACGCGGCGAAAGUCGUCCUGGAGUGUGGAAGUAACCACAAAGUUAUGUGGGACUCAUCACCUCACUUCUUCAAGAGGUUUCUUGUAAACUACAGGAUGGCACACGGGUUCUUCUCCUCCGGGAUUCGCCCAAUCCAGUACCAGAAGAUCUGUACCGCAGCGGGAAUCGGGGCCAUCGAGGACAGCAACCUGAGAAAUCACUUUGAGCCAAUGUACAGUGAGGUGGUGGCUAAGUUGGCACAGGAGUCCUGCGCACUGGCGUUACAGGAGGAGAUCGCUCUGCAGUCUGAGACGGACGGGGACGAGUACAGGGGGAUCUCCAUUGUGAGUGACGCUCGCCAUUGCUGGCGUAAGAACGCGCAGUUCUCGGACGUGGUGUUCUUGGGUGACAGGUCCCAUAAGGCACUGCGUGUGGAGACUGUAUCAAAAGAGGAUAUUCGGUAUGCCCAGAGCCACGAGAAGGAGGGAGUUGAGCGGUUUUACCGGUGGGCAGAUGGCAAAGGGCUGGAAAUUGUUGUCCAUGCUCACGACAACAACGCCAGUGUGAACAAGAUAGUGGAGGACAGGGCUGCCGCCGGACACCCUACCGUGAACGGUAAUGACACCUGGCACGCUACCAAGAGCAUCGCCAAGAACAUGAAGACCAUUACGUCUGGGGCACAGAGACGGGAGGGGACCACCUGGUUUCUUGACCUGGCUGACAAAGCUGCUGCCGUGAAGACCCAUAUUUACUGGGCGAUGAAGAAUUGUGGCGGUGAUGCGGAGAGACUCAGAGGUUUCAUCGACAACAUCAUCAACCAUUACAAGGGUGACCACUCCAGCUGCCACCACACCUCCAGGUGCCGGGUCGAGGGAGACGACUACGUGCCCUGGAGGAAGCCUAUCGCAAACCCGAAGGCAGAGGAGAAGCUCAGGGAGUUCCUGAGGAAGACUGUGGUGUACAAAAAGGCAGAAAACUAUGUCCAUGCCAAAGACACGCACUAUGUGGAGUCCUUCAACAACGCGAUGCUAGUGUAUCACGACAAGCGCAUCACCUUUGGCAGGACAAACUACCUGUUGCGGGUGAAUCUGGCCAUCCUCGAUUGGAAUGAGCACGUGGACAGGGCCCACACCUCAGUGUGGACGAUAGAAGAUGCCAGGAAUCCUCGAAAACAGCAGGGGAAGAAGCAGCUGGUUGCUAAAAGCUACGGCUUCCUGGCAGAGGUGUGGGCACAGUUCAUGGAAAAAGCAUGGAAUCACGGCUUCCAGGUGCCCGAGGAAGACGGGGCUGAGGCGGGUGCCCCCGCUGAAGACGCGCCUGUGGAGGACGGGGCUGUCGGCGGUGAGCCAGUGGAUGGCCCUGGCGCUGAAGACGCGCCUGGGGAGGACGGGGCCGUCAGAGGUGAGCCAGUGGAGGAUGCCCCCGGCAAUGACGCGCCUCUGGAGCAGCCACGUGGACGCCCAGGACGUGGACGUCGCGGGCAGGGGCGUCGAGGUCGUGGUCGUGCACGUGGCCGUUUGAAUCUUCCGGUGGACGUGCACGCGCCUGUGGAGGACGGAGCCGUCGGCGGUGAGGCAGUGGAGGAUGCCCCCGGAAAUGACGCGACCCUGGAGGAGCCACGUGGACGCCCAGGACGUGGACGUCGCGGGCAGGGGCAUCGAGGUCGUGGUCGUGCACGUGGCCGUUUGGUUAUCUCGUAAUGGGCGGGAUAACAAAUUCAGUUGUCUUGUUCUGCCCCAUCUUCUGGCAUGUGAAUUUGUGUUUGUUCAAUUUUUGGUUUAUGCAUUGGUGCCUUGUGAUAUAUGUAACUCUAUGUAUUUUUUGUUUCAAACUCCGUUGAAAAUUAUCGAACAUGUUCGAAGUAUUUUAUUGAUCAGUGUUUAUAUUUCAGAUGCUUUAGUGUAAUAUGUCUUCAUUGCUCAAUUCAGUUCCCUUCCCUGGUGUAUGAGACAAGUCUGCAAACAAAAACGAUGUCUUGUAUGUGCACUGCAAGGGUGGUCGGACAUGCAGCUGGCGAAAAAAAAAUGUUAUUGUUACUUAUCUGUCGAGAAAUGCCUUGGCAUGACAUAAAUAAAAUAUUUGCAAUACCUAAGAAAUUGCCAACUUAUCUCACCGCUAAAAAAAACUUACCUGCAAGUAAACAUCUUUGUCCCUGAAAAACACUUUCAAGCUGAACACCGCGCUUGAAAGUAUUUGAAUUUUGAUGGAUAUCGAUUUGAAGCGAUUACAAUUCAAACAUUAGGAAUGAAACCCAAGCCAAAUGAAAGAAAAAAAAUCUAGAUUAUGACUUUCAUGACUAGAUGAACAGGACAAAUCAUGAAUAAUCAAAACUAGUUCAAAACUAGGACGUAUGUAGGCCGUGUGAUCGAAUGACGACCAGGUCACAUUCUAAAAAAAUUGAAUGAAAGGAAAAAUGGCGUCCCACUUGUAAGUUGUACGUCCUCACAUCUAGCAGUUUGGAUAAUUCAAUCCUGCAACUUGGCGUCCUUCUUCUUCGGAGAUUCUAACAGAUCUAAAUGAAAAAUGUAGACUCGACCCACCGCGAACGUCUCAUUAUAUGGGCUGUUGCGGGGGCAAAACUCUUGUUUCGGCGGAAAUCUCCCUCCACCCGGUGAAUAAUAUGUUUUGAGUAAAUGGAUUUUAGUAGUAAAUGUACAUGGCAAUUUCCCGCCAAUGUCUACUUAUACUGUCUAAUAAUUGUCAACUUACUUCGACGACAAAUCGUGAACCGAAAUUGGCCUGAAGGUUAUUAUACUUACCUUCGAAGAAACACAUUUCCCCAUGCUGAACACGUACUUUCAUUGCUCUUGAAACUCUUUCGUUUUGAACUUCAGACCAUGAAUGACCCCGAUAUCAUUAUCGAAAUGUAAAUCAAUUGAAUAUAAGUAUUACACCCAAAAUAUAACCAAAAAAAUUGGGCAAAUUACGCAUGACCAUUGUAUGGAUGCAUGGCUGAACACUACAUGGCCUUAUGUUAUGGUGAAAAAGAAAGGAAAAAUGGCGUCCUUCUUCUUCGUGGAAGCUCCGUCCGCAUUACGUGAAAUAAGUCAAUCUUGCCAUUCUGUCGAUUUCGGAGAUCGAGAUUCUAACAGACCUAAAUAAAAGAUGUAGACUAAACCCACCGCAAACGUGUCAUUAUCUGGGCUGUUGCGGGGGCAAAACUUUUGUUUUCGGCCGGAGAAAUCUUCCUUUCACCCACCAAACCCAGCCAUGGAAAAACAACAACAUGACCCCGCCGUGACCCCACCGACAAAGAAUGGGGAGGUUCAUAAUUCCACCAAACUUUUUGCUAACAUCGGAAAUGGUGGCUCUAUAAGGGUGAAUAUACAAAUGUAUAUUGUGAAUAAAUGGAUUUUAGUAAAAAAUAAAGUUGACAUUUUCCUCGUGAUACUAUCGCAAGAAGAAGUACACGAAUACGGUAUCGAUGCGUUUGUUUGUGGUCGUCAUUCUUCUCCACAGCUGACGGCAAAAUGGCGGUCGGAUAAAUGCGCGCAUCGCGGCAUCUUGCGACGGGGGCUCUGUCAGCGCCUGACGUUUCAAAGUACACUUAGGUAUUCCUGGCAGUAAACUGUUUUCUUUCCUUUAUUUUCGUUGGAAUAAAAUAUGAGAACUGAUAGCGACUUUCCCU